UCCUUUUUUAAAGUUCUAUUCCAGGGUAAAGCGGAAAGUUUAAGUGACGAAACUUUUGAGAGAGCAUUUUGUGGGGUUCGUAUAGAAUUUCCCUUGGCAAAAGUAAGCAAAAUACAGAAGAAAAGCUCAAAGCAAGCAAAAACAACGGAGUCGCGUGGGUAGCAGACCGAAUAGAAUGCAGUCGCAGCAGCAGAAGAUGAAGAUGAAGAAGAAUUUCAGAAAAAGAAGCGCGCCCGCUGAGGAUAACCAAGAUUGUGAAAAAAUCAGUGACCAAGAAGAUGAAGAAGAAGAAGAGAGGAGAUUGGCGCUGGAGGAGGUGAAAUUCCUGCAAAAGCAGAGGGAGAGGAAGUCUGGGAUUCCUGCCUUAACUAGUAAUGGUGCGACGCAGAAUAUUCCUAGUACCACAAAUAACAACAAUAGUAACAAUAAUACUAACCUUGAUAAGAACAAGAGAGGAAGCGAUGGCACUCAUUCUCCUAGUAAUAAGCAUGGUGAAGGCGGUGGCGGAGAUGGAGACAAAGAUGAUUUAGUCCUUCAAGAUACCUUUGCUCAGGAAACUGCCGUCAUGGUUGAAGAUCCCAAUAUGUUGAAAUAUGUUGAACAAGAACUAGCAAAGAAGAGGGGCAGGAAAAUUGAUGCUUCAGAUCAAGUUGAAAAUGAUUUAAAGCGUGCUGAAGAUGAGUUAUACAAGAUACCUGACCAUCUUAAAGUGAAAAGGCGAAACUCAGAAGAAAGCUCCACUCAGUGGACUACUGGGAUUGCCGAGGUUCAGCUUCCUAUUGAAUACAAGUUAAGAAAUAUUGAGGAAACUGAGGCUGCCAAGAAGUUUUUGCAGGAGAAGCGGCUCAUUGGGCAGACAAAAUCAGAAUUUAGCAUCCCCUCAAGUUACAGUGCUGAUUAUUUCCAGCGUGGCAGGGAUUAUGCUGAAAAACUUAGAAGAGAACAUCCUGAGCUUUACAAAGAUAGAAGUGCACAGGAUGAUGGUGGUGUUUCCAGACAAAAUGAUACUGGUACAGAAGCAGCAGGGCAGAGGCAAGCUGCAACAGAUCAGUUCAUGCUUGAGCGCUUCCGCAAACGAGAGCGUCACCGUGUCAUGCGGAGGUAACGCUGCUCCAACAACAGUAAAAUGCCUAGAAUGGAAUUUAGGCUAAUAAAAAAGGAGUCAAGAAUGGUUUCUGCACUCAUUAUGCCAUACAACAUGUGAAAAUAUGCUGUUUGUUGCAGUGUGUCACAAAGCUCAUUUUGUUGCAAAAGCAUCGUCCUAACUAGUUUUUGAUGUAAUAUCUAACAUUCUUUAGUCGACUUUGCGUGCUCAAAAGCUUGGCCUGUCUGAUGACAGAGCUGAAUGUGGAUGGUCUUUCCUGGAAGCAUACUUGCAAUUUCUGUUUAGUUUGUUUCCAUCACCCGAGGGAGCAGACCAAAUGCAAGCUUUAAGAGCUUCAAAUGUUCUGGCUGCAUCCUCUUAAUUGUCUAACUAGAUAUGUUUGGUUUGUCUUAAGAAAUACCUUGAAAUU